CAUCCAGAUAGCAUAUCGAUGGUGUUCGCGCGGAACCGCGAAUGGCAAAUCUCACACACAAUAACGAAGAACGGAACGGACCAGCUGAGUAAACAGGCCUGUGAUUUGGUGCUAUUUGCCGAUCCUUCGCGCAAUGGACAGUGAGCUCAGGGACAGCGACUCUAUAAAGGAGGAACCUGCGGGCGGGAGCCUUGCAGGGAACUUUGCCCCCAAUCGAUGGGUGAAGCUGAACGUAGGCGGACAAAUUUACACCACCACCUUGGACACUUUGGUGGGUAGGGAACCGGACUCGAUGCUCGCGCGGAUGUUUCUACAGGAUGGCAGCAUGAAGCCCAGCGAACGGGAUGAGCAGGGGGCUUACCUUAUAGACCGCAGCCCACGCUACUUCGAACCCAUUAUUAAUUACCUGCGCCACGGCCAGUUUGUCUGCGACUCAAAUAUUAGUGUGUUAGGCGUAUUAGAGGAAGCACGGUUCUUUGGUAUAUACUCACUUGUGACGCAUCUAGAAGAGCGGCUUGGGCAGCAAGACGAUCCGCAAUCGGAUGACAGACCUUUGACCCGCAUGGAUGUUAUAAAGGCCAUAAUCCAGACUUCUGUAAUAACUGAACUUCGUUUUCAAGGCGUCAAUUUAUCUGGAGCUGAUUUACGAAAGUUGGAUUUUCGUAAUAUAAACUUUAAGUAUGCCAACAUGUCGCAUUGUAAUUUGUCCCACACCAACCUCAACUAUUGCUGUCUGGAGCGGGCGGACCUGCAGUAUGCCAAUUUGGAAUGCGCUCAACUGGUGUCUGUGCGCGGUCUUUGUGCCAAUAUGGAAGGAGCUAAUUUGCGCGGUUGCAACUUUGAAGAUCCCACCGGAGUGAGGACUAACCUGGAAGGUGUCAACUUAAAAGGUGCUUGCCUCGAAAGCAGCAAUAUGGCGGGGGUAAAUCUUCGCGUCGCCAAUCUUAAAAAUGCCAAUAUGAAGAAUUGCAACCUACGUGCCGCAGUCCUGGCAGGAGCCGACUUGGAAAGGUGUAACUUAUCAGGAAGCGACCUACAGGAGGCCAAUCUUAGGGGAGCGAAUCUAAAGGAUGCAGAACUGACUCUGAUGGUUACGCCAUUGCAUAUGUCACAAGCCAUUCGCUGAUAAAACUAUUUUUUUUAAGGAAGGGGACAAUACCAUGUGCAAUUACAUAUCACAUAUUGGCUUAAAAUAACGAUUACAUGUAACCAUUUUAAACUAAAGCUUGUAAAUAAGUAUGAUUUUAACCGUAGACCUUAACAUAAACAGUAUUAGGAUACACAUGAUUUUUUUUAUUGUGAAAAUUUGUAUGAAGUAAAACUUUCAACUAGCAGAAUAAAAUAUUUCAAGUUCAAAAAUAAAAA